UCUCAUUUUUUUUAUUUGUGUUUUUGUUCUGUUGGUGGACCCGCACAAUUACAUUAAUAACAGAAUACACAGUUUACACAUACAAUGUAUGAAUAUAUAGCAAUAGAAGGGUGGUUCAUUCAUUCGUUCAUCUCGUCUUUGUCAUCGUUGCAUCUUUGCUUCAUUCAUCACUCCGCUCCUUCAAUUUUCAGGGACAAGCUCCUUUAUCUUUCACGCUGUAACAGGUGUGAACAAACGCUUUUCCCUUCUCCUUUUGCUUCUCAACACCAGUGCAAAGUGGAACCUCUGUCCUCUAUUUUUUUAUAACUCACGCCAUUUUAUCUAUCCCUUUACUCGAGUACAGUGCAGAAAACACCAAUAAAGAAUAGCUUAAUACUUUGACGUUACCCUGAAGUAAUAUAAUGGCGACAACCGACCUCAAAGUCAUCGUUGCUGGACUUGGCAUUGCCGGACUUGCUGCCGCAAUUGCCCUUGAACUCACAGGAUUCGAUUACACCGUGCUCGAGCAGGAUCUUGCUCCUAGCUCAAGCUCUGAAGAAGAUCAUUCUAACCCACAGACAACGGCAGUUCAUGUAGGAGGUGCUGUCCAGAUUGGCCCGACAGCCCUUCACUUUCUGCAUCAACUAGGCAUCUACGAAGAGAUUCAGAAAAUUUCAAAACCCUUGAGCGGAUUUUCAAUGAAUGAACACAAUAUGAAUUAUCUGGGACGGAUCGACAUGACCACAUACCGCGAGAGAUACGGCUAUCAUACAGAGGUCAUGUCGAGGUCACAACUCCACGCACUUCUGCUUCAACGCAUUCCUCCUAAAAGAAUUGUUGCAGGGAAAGUGCUGGGAAUGAUCCAAAGUAGUGAAAAGGUUACAGUACGAUGCUCAGACGGAGCCACAUAUGAGGGAGAUAUACUCAUUGCCGCCGAUGGUGCUUUCAGUAACGUGCGGCAUACUCUCUAUUGGAACCUGGACGAAAAGAAACUGUUACCCAAGGCAGAUGCUGCACCAAUGUCUGUCGACCUGCACAUCAUCUCUGGUUGUACCAAACCGCUUGAUCCAACGAAAUACCCAAUGCUAUUAGAUGCCAUGAGCGAAAUUCAGUCAAUACAACUGCCAAACAAGCCGUACACCAUCUGGUUUGUGCCCCUUCUUGAUAAUAGAAUAUCCUGGGAUAUCACUUGUGAGGUAAAUAAAACUGCUAUUCGGCAAGGCGAGGCCUUCAAAGUGAAUCAAUGGCGACCUGAGGACAUUGAAGAGACGCUGAACGCUGUUAAGGAGGUUGAAUGUCCAUUUGGAGGGCGAAUUGGGGACUUGAUUGACACAACUGAUUCCGAAAACAUGUAUUUCAACAUGGCAGAGGAGCGUUUCUGUGAGACCUGGUAUGGCGGACGAACAGUUCUUGUGGGUGAUGCCUGUCACAAGGGAUUCUAUCAACCUGUAAGUGAGGCUAUUGUGGAUGUAGUAACGUUAAUCAACUUUUUAUCAGCGAUCGAGUCGGAUUCAAUGGAGAGCCUAACAGCUGCGUUCCAAGCCUACAAGGAGCGGCGAUCUGUAACUGCAAAGGCGGCUGUGGAACAAUGUAGUCUUUUGAGACAGGUCUUUACAGGAAAGGGGCGAGCAGCUUCACUCAAGCGAAACAUUGUCUUCAACUACAUGCCUGAGAAAUAUCGCUAUCUAUUAGAUGACAAGAGAAACGAAGAUCGGCCACAACUUUGGUGUCUUCCUUUUGUAAAAGAUCAUGGCAUUGUAAAAGCUCUACCUAAUUCUCGUCCCGGAAGCACACCCAGUAAUGAAGCAGGCAGCGCUAGUACAGAUGCAUGCACAUCCCCAAUAUCACCCAUUGCUAUGAGCCCUACGACAUCAUCCCCCCGCAGCUCGCGUACAUCAUGGUCUUCAUUCUCAAGACCUACAUUCUCAAUGCCGUCCGCACCUAACAUUCCAUUAUUUUCUUUGUCGAGUUCUAUCGUUGUCAAACGUUCUACUUCCGAUCAAUCUGCAACGAAUAAUUCGCCGGCUUCUUUGAAUCAGCCAAUGAGAGGACCAGACUCUCCUUCGAAAGAAAGCGGACCUUUUACUGAUGACGCGGCCAUGGAUUCACCAGCAUUGGCAAAAAAAGCAGCCAUGCCUGUGGCAGCAACGGAGAAGGAUAAUGAUCAAGGUGUAUUCACAGCAACACCGAAAGCAACUAUGGUUUCAACAGCCGAUAUUCAUGAUAACUCUUACAAUUCUUCAGACGAAGAGGAGUUUGUCAACUGUAGCCCAACCCUGAAUGACGAAAUAGGAGUGAAUGUUGGCAAAAGGAAUAUCCACCAACACGUCUUGGAUGUGGCUAGAUCUUCUUCGAUUUGCAAAUAAAAAGGUUUUCCUCAAUAGCUGGUAAUAGGAUCCUCUCUGUUACAGUUACUUAAGAAAGUUGAUUCGCCCUUCAAGUUUAUGUCGAGUAGAGAUUAUUGGCGUUCAUUUCGAACUCAUUUAUACCCUUAUUUUUUUAUGAUGCACUCAUGCUUCAUUCCCAUUUCAUACGUUCCACUCAUUCCAAUCGAUGAACCUCUUGUGUCUUUGGACUUAUUCGAGCAUAUUGAAGAUUCCAAUAACAUUAUACCCAGAGGGGGUUCAGUAAACCUCGGUAAGAGUUACGGCAAACCAUGGAGUAAUUGAUGAAGCGGAUCAAUUAAUGCCAUGUUGUCAAUGAACUUUUGCUUUCCAUACCAUACAGGUUCAGAAAAAUGCGAGAUAAACCAAUC